AUGGAACCACAGGAGGCUUCUCCAUCCUCCAACAUCAUCAUGACGACAACAACAAAUUCUCAACAACCACCUCAUACUUCUCCGAUGACGAGUUAUGAAACUUUUUCAAAUCCCACAUUUAUGGAGGAUAUCGAGCUAUCUCAACAAUCAUCAUCAAUGCCCACCACGAUCAUGUCUGCUACUGUUCAUCAUCAUCAUCAGCACUCGACCAGUCGAUUACGAAGACAUAAAAUUUUGUUAGAGAAUGAACAAGAUUUGGAAGAAAAUGUGCAACCUCUAGAGCACGAAGGGAAUUUGGAUGCUCGGAAUGAUAGUCUCACUUCUCGACAUGACGGAACACAGUUGGAUCAACAACAAAAUGAUGACGAUCAUCAUGAACAUUCAAAUCCGAUUCAAUCUCAUCGUUUGGAGUCGAUAAAAAAUUGGAAAACUCGAGUGAAAAGUUUAGCUAAUUGUCUCUUUCAUAAUUUAUUGUUAAUUUUUACAUUGAUUGGAGUGGUGUUGGGAUUGAUUAUAGGAGUCAGUGUCAAUGUAGCAGCGAGUGAAGAAAAUUCAACUAUUGAAAUUACUCCUGAAGUCGUUGCGUAUGUGAAAUUACCAGGAGACUUAUUAUUGAGAGCUUUGAAUUGUUUAAUUGUACCAUUAAUUGUAUCGAGUAUGAUUAGUUCAAUUACAUCAAUUGUCGAUAGUGUAAAUGCGAGAGAAGAGACAGUUUCGGCAACAUCUCUCACACAACAUACAAGUGAUAUGGCCAAUUUCAGGAAGCAAAAACACAAAGCACUAUUGAAAAUGGCCUUACUAACAUUAUCCACCUAUUUAGUGACUACCAUUAUUGCAGUCAUUACAGGUUUAAUCAUGGUCAAUGUCAUCAAGCCAGGACAAGUUGUGAUUAACAAUGAUCCAACUACAAAUUCUACUGCCAUCUCAUCAACAAGAACAGCAGUUUCGACGUCUCCACAAGUUGUCACCACCCCACUCUCGCCUUCCAAUAUGAUUUCAUUGAAUGGAGAAUUGUAUCCUCUGAGAGGGCUAUUAUUGAAAAGGCAAGAAAUUGUUUCCAGUGAAAUUAUGUCAACAGGAAAUAAUUCACACACAAAUUCAUCAUCAUCCUACAAGCAAAUUGUUUCUAUUAUUGAAAGUUUUAUUCCAUCCAAUCUCAUUGACGCAGCAUCGGCCGAAAAUGGAGGAAGUGUCAAUGUCCUUGGACUCAUUGUAUUUUCAAUAUUUAUGGCAAUUGUAAUGAUUCAAAUUGGAGAGCCUGCCAAACCAGUGAUCAAAUUUUUCAAAUCGUUGAAUGAGAUUAUUUUGAAAAUGGUUGCGUUUAUUAUUUGUUAUGCACCUAUUGGUAUUAUGUUCUUAAUUAUUUGGCGGUGUGUGAAAGAAAAAUAUUUACUUCAAUCUUUGAGUCAAUUGUUAAUUUAUAUGCUCACAGUGCUGAGUGGUUUGGUGAUUCACUCAUUCGUUACAUUAACCAUAAUUUAUUUAGCAUUGGUGAGAAAGAAUAUUUUGAGACAUGUUUGGAGUGUUUUUCCUGCUCUUUUGACAGCUCUCGGAACGUCCAGCAGUUCUGCAACUCUUCCAUUGACCAUGAAAUGUUGUGAAGAGAAAAUUGGAGCUCAAAAAGAAGUCGCUUCAUUUGUAUUACCAUUAGGCUCUACUGUGAAUAUGGAUGGUACUGCCUUGUAUGAAGCGGUUGCUGCAAUUUUCAUUGCACAAUCCUUGCAAGUCAGUCUUGGAAUUGGAGAUAUGUUUGUUGUGGCAAUCACUGCAACACUUGCUAGUAUUGGAGCUGCAGGAAUACCAGAGGCUGGACUCGUCACACUUAUUCUCGUAAUUGAAUCUGUUGGAUUACCAAAGGAAGCUGUUUCUCUCAUUUUGGCUGUUGAUUGGUUUUUAGAUCGUUUCAGAACUUGUGUCAAUGUUUAUGGAGAUACUGUUUGUGUAGCAAUUGUGGACAAGUAUGUUCGAUUUGAUCGAUUGUCAUCAACCAAAGAGCUGGACAAUUCUCACCAUGGAGAAAACAAUUCGAAUCGAAACAGUGAAAUUCCACUCUAUAACAUUUCUGAAAAUACUAAAUUGGUAUAA